AUGGGAAUCAUGAUCACUCAACAUUUGCUGUCUUUGAUCUUCGGCGUCUUAGGAAACGCAAUAUCCUUCUGCGUAUUCCUCGCCCCACUGCCAACGUUCUACAGAAUAUACAAGAAAAAAUCGACGGAAAGCUUCCAGUCUCUACCGUACCAAGUGUCGCUAUUUAGCUGCAUGCUAUGGCUCUACUACGCAUUGAUUAAACAAGACGCUUUUCUCCUUAUUACCAUAAACUCCUUCGGUUGCGUAGUGGAGACUCUUUACAUUACAAUGUUCUUCACUUAUGCCACCAGGGACAAAAGGAUCUCUGCUAUGAAGUUGUUCGUAUCGAUGAACGUUGCCUUGUUCUCGUUGAUUAUAGUGGUUACACGUUUUGCGGUUAAAGAUCUCGAACUCCAAGUCUCCGUCGUCGGCUGGAUUUGCGUUGCCAUUUCUGUUUCUGUUUUCGCUGCCCCUCUAACGAUCGUGGCGCGUGUGAUAAAGACAAAGAGUGUGGAAUUCAUGCCCUUCACGCUUUCCUUCUUCCUCACUAUAAGCGCCGUUAUGUGGUUCGGUUAUGGCUUGUUCCUCCACGACAUAUGCAUCACUAUUCCCAACGUAGUAGGAUUCGUACUUGGGAUGGUGCAAAUGAUUCUGUACGGAAUUUAUAGGAACUCGAAAGAGAGUUUAGACAUUGAAAAGAAGAUUAAUUCAUCAGAACAACAACUUAGGACUAUUGUCGUGAUGAGUCCGUUAGGUGUGUCGGAAGUGCACCCAGUUGAUGUCAUGGUGACGGAAUCUCUGGACCCACUCUCCGUUCAUCAUGAAGAUCCAUCCAAAUUUACCAAAGAGGAGAAGGAGCCGUCAAUUGAAGACGGAAAGUGCCACGUGGAGACUACCCGUCGUGAGACUGUGUGA